ACGAAGCGGUCGGUGGCUCAGUCCUGCUCUGCUAGGCGCUGCGGUUAUCCGUGCAGUUGCGGGCGCUGCAAGUGCGAGUCGUACUCUGUGGCCGGUACCCAACGCGUCGCCUGCGCUAUGUCCGCCCCGCCGCAGCUGCGGGCUCUGCUCCUUGCUGUCAACGCACUGUUACGCAAGCGCCGCUACCACGCUGCUCUGGCCACACUUAAGGGCUUCCGGAACGGGGCAGUCUAUGGAGCCAAAAUCCGGGCCCCUCACUCACUCGUCAUGACCUUUCUCUUCCGGAGUGGCAGUCUCCGGGAGAAGCUGUGGACCAUCCUGCGGGCCACGUACAUCCACUCUAAGAACCUGGCCUGCUUCGUGUUCACCUACAAGGGGCUCUGCGCUCUGCAGUCCCACAUGCAGGGCAAGACCUACCCGAUGCACUCAUUCCUGGCUGCGUUCAUCGGGGGCUUGCUGGUGUUCAGUGAUAACAAUAACAUCAACAGCCAGGUCAACAUGUACAUGUUAUCACGUGUCAUCUUUGCCCUGUGCCGCCUCAGCGUGGAGAAGGGCUACAUUCCCAAGCCCAGGUGGCACCCAUUUCCGUUGUUCACCGCGGUGGUGUGGGGGCUGGUGCUGUGGCUCUUCGAGUACCACAGCUGGACGCUGCAGCCCUCACUGCGGUCCUCCAUGACCUACCUGUAUGAAGACAGCAACGUGUGGCAUGACAUCUCAGACUUCCUCAUCUACAACAAGAGCCAUGCCUCGAAGUAAUGUAGCCCUGAGGUGCUUACAGCAGCUUCUACGGCACGAAGACUCCAGGUGUUCAGCUGCGCCUCAAGAUUGACUCCGUCAGUGAAUCCUCCCAGAGGAUUCUGCCUUCUCAAGAUCACGGGUCUCAGACUCCAACUUUUAUUACUCCAGGGUCCCCUUUGCCGAAGUAAAAGCACUGAUUUUCACAUCCCAUUAGGUACUCUUGAAUGGUAGAACAAGUGGCCGAAUCAGACUGAGUCACCCUGGGCACGAUCCCAGCUGCGCUGCUGACCUCCAUGAGACCAGGGAAGGCCACACACCCCCACCCCAGGCCUUGGGGAUCAUCAGACUUAGAGGAAGGUCCUGAAGUUGCUUUCUGGUGGGUAUGGAACUUUGACUCCUAUGGAACAGAGGGCUCCUUGCUGGUGGGUGGUGGGUUACAAAUAUGCUUUUAAAAAAUAUUAAAUUCCUUGCCUCAGGUGCUCUACUGGACUUGCUCUAGAGUUCCACUGUCCAACAGAAACCCAAUGUGAGCUAUGUAUGUAAUUGAAGUUUUCUGCUCACCACAUUAAAAAAAAGGUAGCAAGAAGCAGAUGAGAUUAAUCUUAAUUAUAUACUUGAACCCAGCAUUUCUAAAGUAUUAUCAUUUCAACAUGUAAUUAAUAUAAAAAAUUAGUAAGAUAUUUUACACCCUUUUUCUUGUCAUCAAAAUCAGGUGUGUGUUUUACACUCAGUUUGGACCACCCAUAUUUCAAGUGCUCAGUCACCAUAUGUGGCUAGUGGCUCCCGUGGUGAACAACAUAGAACACUUCCAUCAUUGGGGAAAAUUCUAGUGGACAGUGCAAAUAUAGAGCUAGCAGACAUGGGUCUGAGUCCCCACUCCACUGUGUAGCCCUGGGGUGGGUUCUUAACCUCUCAGAGCCUCAGUUUCUUGUAAAAUGAGGAUAAUCAUAAUACAAGGUGCCCACAUUGGACUUAUGUAAAUACAACUGCCACUACUACUAAUUACUUCCACUUAGUGAGCUCCUACUUCCUCCUGGGUGCUUUGCACAUACUAUUUUUAAUCCAUACAAUGACCUUACAGGUGUGUAUUUUUAUCUGCAUUUCACAGAUGUGGAAACUGAGGACCAGAGUGGGGAAGUAACCUGCCCGAGGUAGUAUGAAAGCCAAGUCAGAGUUGAACCCAGAUCUAUAUGAUUUCAAAGCUCAUGUUUUUUUUCAGUGCCUUACCUUAAAUUUAGAAACCUAAGCUUUGCUAUGCAAAUGUUAGCUGGUUAUAGGAUCUGUUCCAGGGAGGGGCGAAACUCAAAUGUCUGGCAAGUGGCAUAAAUGAAGGUGUUCUGGGUGUUAUGCAGCAGGGAGUGAUGGUGACAUGGUGAACUGGAGACUCGUGCCCAUCUUGUUUUUUAAAACUACCAUGCUGAAACGAAUCAAACAGGUCUCCAGGAAGACUUGGUCCAUGGACCACCAAUUUGAGACCUUUGGUCUAGUAGGAAUACUUCAGUCUCUUUUUAUAUGUCAGAAGUUGCUAGUAGAAAUGUACACGUGAGUCAGUAGAGAUCUCAUUAAAAUGUAGAGUCUCAUUAAGAGCAUUUGGGGUGUGGCUUGAGAGUCUGCAUUGCUCACACACUGCCAGGUAUGCUGCUGCUGGUCUGAGCCACACCCUGAGAAACAAGGUCAUAGGGGAUGAAAUAGGGCCAAUAUGAUCCCAUGUGACAAACGAGGAAACUGAGUCACAGAGCUGUUAGGUAAUUGAGGUGAGAUUAUAUCCUAUUCUAACAACAGUGUUCUCAGCCAUGAUGUUGUACUACAAGCAUGGGGAAGAUGAUCUUGAAGGUCUCUUAAUUCAGUCUGUAGAGGCUGAAUGAGAUUCCAAGAUUAUGGGGAUGGGAGAGAGUGGCCAUCAGCAACCAAGUUUUAUAACAGAUGCUGUGGGUGCCCCACCACAUCCCGUCAGGCUUGCUGCCUCAGUGCCCACCAGCUGACUUUUCCAGCUGCCGCCCCUGUGUCUUUCUGCCUGAAGGCUCUCGCCUGCCAGUGGUGCCUGCCCUGCCACCCCACAGCAGGCCUGCAGUGCCAGAGGAUCAACACCUCCCAAAGGCAGCCCUCAACCAAUGACUGAUGAAUACCCCACACCCGUAGCCCUCACUCGACUAUCCCUGGGAAGGAUAACUCUGCAAUAACUCUGCCCACACUGGCUCCCAGAGUGCCCCAGCAGGACCAAGCUCCUGCUUGAUUACACCACCUUCCCUGUCUCCCUACCAGUGCUUCCCAAGGGGCCACUUCUCAUGUAAACCGCUUGCACUCAAUCCUUGUCUUGGGGUCCCUGUUGGGGAGACCCAAACUAAAACUGGCCUCUGGUACAGCAGUUUGAGAGGCAUUGUAGCAUGGUGGUUAGGGACAUAGGUUUUAGAGCCAGAAUGCCUGGGCUCAGCCCUGUUUUCUUGGGCAAGUGACUUAACCAUUUUGUGCCCCUGUUUCCUAAUCUAUGAAAUAGACAUUCUAAUAGCACACACCUUAUAGGGUGGUCUGGGCAAUCAAAUGAUAGGACGCAUAUAAAGUAAGCACUCAAUAAAUGUUUGCUGUUAUUUCUAAUACAGCAUCCAAACAUAGGAGGAAGUGUGGUCCUAAGAAGGAGUACACCCUGUUUUUAGCCUGUCCUACCCUACCCAAAGCCUUGGCUGCCUGCUUUCCCUACAUCCCCUCACUGCUGUUGGGAGUUGGCUGGCUCCACCACCGACUGUCUCUGCUCUCUAAGAAUAGGUUUCCCUCACAGAUGGCAUCUUUCUGCAUCCUGCCAGAGCAUCUGGUCCUCCAGCUGCUCACUCCAGGGAGGAAGGCAGUGUGGUCCUUGCUGAGGAGCAGAGCUUUGGCUUCCAGCAGACCUGGGAGGGUCCCCACACCGCUCCCUCCUAGCUCAGCCUCCAUUUCCUAAGAUCUGUGCAGCAGGCAUCGCCAAAGGGCCCUUUAUAGGCACUCCAUAAAAGCCAGGUCCUGAAAUACCGCAGCAGCUCAAUAUGUGUUUGCUAAACAUCAGCUACAUUCUUAUGAAGUCUUCUGACAUGCAGGACUGUAAAACAUUAUUUUUUAAUCGAUAAUACAUACACAUAGUACAAAACUUAAGUGGUGCAAAUGGUGUAUAAGGGGGGAAAGUGUGGUUCCCUCCUAAACCCAAGCUCCAUUCUCAACUCCCUCCCUUGCCAGGGGCACUCACUGUUAGCACUUUCUAGCUCAGCCUUCUUGAGAUACUCUAUGGACAGACUCCUGUAUUUGUCUUAGGAGAAAUUUUUAUAUUGUACUAUCAUCUCAACAGCUCUGGCAUUUCUUACUUGUCCUCUGCGUGUUUGGUUUCUCUUUGAUCAAUAAUCUGAUAUGAGACUGAGUCCUUGUUUGGGCUUGUUCCCCACCCCCAAGCCCUCCACUCUGCCCUCCGAAUAUCUUGAGCAGGUCCUUACUGUGAUCAGCAUGAAGUGGACCACUCUAGAUACCCUGAACCUUAAAUAGAUGACACCAAACAUUCAGCCCACGGAGCUCCAAGUGAAAGGGGAAGGACAAAACAAGUUGAUUUGGGGCCCUUCGGCUGUUCCCUCCCAAAUUAGAGAUGGCUCGGUGAACCCAUGUGAGAAUGAUGAUUCACAGGCUGAGACGCCAGGAACUACCUCCCAUGAUGCUUGCCGCUCCUGCCUUCCACAUCGCAGGCCCCAGAAAGGAUCCUGGGGAUAGCGUUUGUUUCUACAUUGUUCUUUUCUCCAUGAGUGUGUUUUGGGUUUAAAGAAUCGGGUUUUCAACCUGACACCCUCCUAAACCAGAACAUUGUGCUUCACUCCACCUUGGGGCAAACCUCAUGUCGCUUACCUUCCAUGACUUCAGAUGGGUUGUUUUCUUUAAAUAAUUAGAGGAUAUUUAUAAAAGAAACAUUUUUCUCCUCCCCUUGUCUUGUUCCAGAUUCAUAAGGAGAGAGUGUGCCUUGAAGAGCAUUUUGAGUGAGAGGAUUUUACUUUUGACCAGAAGGUCUCCUACAGGACUCAUUCUUGUGAGCUGGAAGGCCCCAGGGGCCCAGUGGAAGACAGUGGGAAAGACAGGCUCUCUUCUGAGUAUUUUUUAGGGAUGGCUUCCUACUGGGGGGCUCUCUGUAGCAGGUGUCUGUGCGCAAAGUUUGUGUAGAUGUCAUGAUUUCAUAAACAAGACAGGCCUAGGCAGAAUUGAAAAUGUAAUUCAUGGAGUCUCUGUUGGGAGCUUUGUUCUUACUGUUGUCCUGGCUUCUCCCUUCAGCUUCUCCUCGUGGGCUGGACGUCUGCUGAGAGAAGGAGCAGGGCCAGACCAUAUAAGCUCUUGUAGGACAGUCCUUUUUAGGGUGUCUUUUUUAUGGAUGUCAUGAACCCCUUUGGCAUCUGAUGAAUUCUGUGGAUCCUUCUCAGAAUGCUCUUUUUCAAGCUCAUAAAACAUACAUAGGGUUACAAGACACAACAAUUAUGUUGAAUAUUGAAAUAAUUAUCAAAAUGUCUUUAAAAUUCAUGAUUUUGUAAUUAUGUUCUUUUUUUAAUACAUUAAAUAACUAGCUCUAGUGGCAGGUCUGAAACCACGCAGUUCCACAGGUACAAGAAGUAUAAACAGUAUCUCAGGAUACCUGCAGCAGCUGCGAGAAGAUACGGAAAUAGCCAUGAUUUCUACUGGCAAUAAACCCUAGGUGCUACUAAUAGGCCUCUGGUUUAUUGACUAUACUUAGAAUUCAAGGAAAUGUUACAUUUCAGUCAGAAGUUAAUGAAAAUAUAGUGUUGUUUUUUUUCCUGUCCCAAGUUCAUGACACUUGGGUUCAUGAAUCAAAGAUUCAGGACUCCUGCUCGAGAGUGACCUUCCACAUGGCAGCUGUCAUUGUUUACCAAGCACUGAGCAUGAGAAUAGUAAAAAUAAUGGCUAAUGUUGGCUGAGUCCUUAUGAAGUACUAAGUAAGUACCCAGUGAUUUUGGAGGCUAGGAUUCAGUAGUGAAAGAAGCCAGUUCCUGCCUAUCUAGGGCUUUCAAUCUAGGCAGGGAAGACUGACAAAUGAAAUCAAAGAUCAUUUCAGAGAGCAGUGGGCACUAUGAAGUCAACAGUACAGUGCAGUGUAAUAGAGUGACUUGGAAGGGGAGAACAGAAGGGUCUGGUUUCCAGGGAAUGCUUCUAAGGAGGUGAUGUUUGCUCUGAGGCCCACGAUGAGGAAGAGCCGUGCAAAGAUAGAGAGGAAGGGUGUUCCCGGCAUAGGAUGUGCAAAGUGUACAGGCCCAGAGGAGGGAACCAGCUGAAGGCCUUCCAGUGCCUGGCAGGAGGCCCAUGUGGCUGGAACAGAGUGCAGGGUGGGGGCUCAUUAGCACGUUGGAGACGGAGUCUGAGAGGCUGGCUGGGCCCAUCAGGCAGGCUUUGUGGGCCAGAGGAAGGAGUUUGGGUUUUCUUUUAAGUGUGACAGGCAGCCUUUGGCAGGUUUAAGCAGGCAGUGAUGUGAUUUAAUUUACACUUU